AUAAACAAUGUGAAAGACCCGUGGGUGCACGGCUCGCCAAUCGGAUGACAGAAAUUCUUUCUAUGGGUGGCACGUGACCUGUGUGAACCAAUGGUGAGCCAGCACAGUACUAGGUAACCACUCAUUCACCAUUUUUACAGGGCUUGGUUAUGCUGUGCACAAUUGAAGUAUUUUUGUUUCGUCCUGUUUUACUAGCACAGUGACAUGCUUGGAUACUAGCCUUCAUUACUGUCCGCGAAGGUGAAAGCGGCCAUGCCUCAAGAACUUCAUGGCAUCAUCAGGAACUAAGCAGCCACCAUGAAAGACCACCGGCUUGAGUGCAAGGUUUGCAGCCCUGGAUCCCUUAAGGCUACUCAACUGUGUUCCUUCAAGUCUUUCAGGAGAAAGGUCAUACUCCACAUGGGAAAGCUUCCAGAGAUGAGUGCAAAUUGUAUGGGCUCAUUGUAAUCAAGCGUCUAAAAUCCCCGCAACCAUGGAGAGAGACCUGAGUACUUACCAGGGCUCGCUUGACUUGAAGCGAAAGGCCGAAGAGAAGCUGCUUAUGGAAGGUCCCACUGUGGUGCAAAAUAUUGACCCUUCAUACUACCGCAAGAAGUCGGCAGAGUCUGGCUUUGAUGAGGAAGAAUCGAGGUUAGAUGAAGAGUUGAAGAAGGCAGCCAGCAAACUGCCCAAGAAAAGGAAGUUUGACUUUGACUUCGGUGAUGUGGACGCUGUGUUUGGUGGCAGAAACAGCAGCAGCACAGCAGAACCCGUGCCUGGUGUAGAUCUUCGUGAUUGGAAAGGCCACCGAGUUUUAGUGCGGCUCAAUGACUUGUAUGUGCCAGCUGUGAUUAAGGAUGUUGCUAGUGACCGUGAUGUGGUUGUUCAACUGGACAGCAACCAGCAUUCAUUGUUUCGUGUUUGCGAUGUGUUUGACACAGCACGACUUGAUGUGAUCGGUGACCACAGUCCCUCACCAGGUCAGGUGACCAUGGGUAUGCAGUUGUGUGUACGUGUGGAAGACAAUGUGUAUGCAGAAGGGGUUGUGGCAGAAGUCCGGUCACGCCCCCCUGUUCAGUACUAUGUGCGCUUCAUCAAGAGGCCCAGUGGUGUGUCGUGUGACGGCGUGUGGGUGGCGCGUGCGGGCUUACGACUUAGGCAACCUCCGUGGUGGGAGGACAUGGAACUUGCCUCGUCUGUGUCGUCGUCUCCCAUGUUUCAGCGAGAGCCAGUGCCUCUUCUCACAUCACAUCUGGUUGAGCCCAACAUGCCAUCUCUUCCACCGCAGCAGCCCAUAAUUCAGCCACACAGUGUGUCAGUCAUCACAGAUGGCAUUCACAGGGCCAUGCCAGUAAAUCUGGCAGGUAACCUCGAGAUGGACAGAGCACUUGACUCAGUGGGUACACCAAGGGCUCGUAAACUGACUGUGGGAAGCUCUCCCACUGCUGUUGGUGACGAGGACUCUUCGGAUGAUGACCUCAAGACGGGGCGUAUCGAGUUCGAUCCCAAUCCCAGCCCUUCACGUCUUGGCUUCUGUCCGGACAACCUUACACCUCGUUCACGGCUGGCCACAUCGUCUUCUACAGAGAUGCGUGUGCUAACUCCACGUUCCCCUGCUGCACAGCAGAAAUACAAGAAAGGAGACAUUGUAUCUACCCCCAAUGGCAUAAGGAAGAAAUUCAAUGGCAAGCAAUGGAGACGUCUCUGCUCCAAGGAAGGAUGCACAAAGGAGUCUCAGCGGCGUGGCUAUUGCUCACGCCACCUCUCUUUGAAGGGCAAGUCUGGCACAGCCAUGCGCAAAGGCAGUGCGCCAGCAGCAACUUCAUCGAGUCAGCAGCCGUCUUUCCCCACUGGUGCAAUGCGCACAGGCACAGGGAGGGAGUGGGAGGAAUCGUCACGUGAAAGCAUCAGCGGCAGUCCCGGCGACAGGGCAAGCAGGGUCCAAGGCCGUUUCGACCUGGACGAGACCGAGGCCGCAAACAUGCUGGUUUCGCUUGGAAAUUCGCGGUCGGCCACACCAUCUUCCUCGGCAAGUCCGCCAGGCAGACCCGAGCUCUUUGCACCUAUCCGUCAUGCCGCUUGGCCCCCCGAUUCCCAUUCUCCCGAGGGUGUCUUCCGGCCAACCACAGUGGUGGUGCACAGGCCGAGGGUGGUGAAGACCUCGGAGCCUGUCUCUGUGAUUCAGCACUCCCUGCCUCCUGAGAAGCUGAUUGGUGAGCCUCAGACCACUGCAGCCCAGAUGGUAUUGCUCCAGCAAGCACUGCAGCAGGGCCGGAACUCGCUCAGUGAAGCACUGCCCACAUACAGUGCCAUACAGGUGGCACCGCCCAAGGACAUGCAUGCUGGCAUCAAUGGGCAGGUUGCAGUUGUCUUACAGACACCGCAACAGCAGCAGCAGCAUCCAAGUCCAGCCCACCUCCUGCCUGUCAUGCCUGUGGUAACCUCCAAUGGAGAAGCACAAAAAGAUGAACGUGCCUUGGAUUCAUCCGGAAGCAGCUGGAACGAUGGCAAGCCCAUUCCAGUCUUUCCGUGGCACUCGCUGGUUCCAUUUCUAAACACCACCCACCCAUCGCCACCCAGCAGUGCACCGCCCACAGUGACUACUGCUCCUGUGCCACCGGAUGGCACUCAGCAGUCCAGCAGUGUAAACGACCAGGAGGAAGGCGACGACGAUGUGUUUGACAGCACAGAUUCACCCACAGCGAUUGUUGUGCCAUCUGCUAAGCGGAGAACACAGUCGCUGGGUGCACUCCCUAAAGAUGACCCCAAAAGCCCACGCAAGGUCAAGGAGAAGGAACACAUCAGACGGCCAAUGAAUGCAUUCAUGAUCUUCAGCAAGCGGCAUAGGGCACUGGUGCACAAGCGCCACCCUAACCAAGACAACCGCACCGUCAGCAAGAUAUUGGGCGAGUGGUGGUAUGCACUCAACCCAUCAGAGAAGCAGCAGUACCAUGACCUUGCCUUCAAGGUGAAAGAGGCGCACUUCAAGGCCCACCCCGACUGGAAAUGGUGCAGCCGGGAUCGCAAGAAGUCCAGCUCUGGAUCGCAGUGCAAGGAUGCCACACGCAAGUGCCUCAGCACCUCAGAUGAUCUGGGCGCCCACUUGGCUUCUGGAGACAGCAGCGACCGCCAAGAGACUGAUAACGUCAAGGAAGAGACCACUGGCUCUAAAAAUGGAGAAAGUGGUGAUAGUCUUGCCGUUGCACUUCCCUGGACUGAAAAUACUUCGGAGUCUUCCGUAGGCAAUGUUGGCCCUGGAAACAAUGACAAAGACGGAGAUGCAUCCAGUGAUGACGAACGUAUGAUAAUCUGCGAAGACGAAGGCGACAGUGAGCCAGUCAUCGACCUCCAAUGCAAGGAACGGGUGGUAGAGAGCGAUUCGGAAGGCGGUGCCUCGGAUGCUUCACCUAGCCUGUCACCCGUGGGGGCUGGGCCAUCAUUGGCCGAGGGCACCCAUAGGCCGACACCCAUCAUGAGGGAGCCCAUGCCCUUAUUGGAGGCUGCACCACUGGGCGCGCCUCGGCCUCUCGGUGCUGCAGCCACGGCCUUUCACCCAACGGGCGCCGUCUUCAAGGGCGUGCAGUCUCCGAGCAAACGCAACUUGGCCCCAGAAGAGAGGCAGCGUGAAUCUGUUUCUCCACUGCGUCCAAUAGCAUCCAAGCCUCCUGCAGGCAUGGAGACCAUGCGACAUGCAUUGCUGGUUCCACCCACCUCCACAGCGCAGUAUGCCAUUCUAAGCCCGCCAUUGAGCCGGGCCGAGGGUGGCACUGACCUGACGGGGCUUGUGCUGAGGGGCCCUUCCUUUGGCACAAGCCCACCCAAAGGACCCGGCAACAUCUUGAGGCCCAUGCAGUUGCCUGCUGCUGCUACGCAAGUCCAAUACCUGCUUCCUUCUUUUACUGUUCAGCCUGGAUCUGUAGGGGUCAAAGGAGUGCUGCAAAUGGCCAUACCAUCUGGAAGCAUCCAACUUGGCACACCCAACACAACAACUGUUGGCAAGGUCCUGGCGUCGCCACCAAUUGUGGUGUCGUCACCACAUAGCCCGUCGCUUCAAAGUGUCAUCGUGGAUGCUGCUAGCACACUGCAGCCCCCGCAGAUAAAGCUGACUCCUGCUGAGCAGUCAUCCUCGCCACGUAUGCUGGCCUCCCCGAGCGCCCAGUGCCUCCUCCUGCCUGAAAGGUGCAACAGUUCACCGUCUGCUUCUCCUAAUCCUCCAAAGAUCCGUUGUGUCAUUCCAUCCAAAGAUGGUCGGGGCUCUCCACUGGCCAUGCUAACCCCUCCCUCUGCCGCAAGCACACCACUUGGCUUCAACAAAGCACUGGCUUCCUCGGGGGGCACUCCCCCAACCAGCUCACCGCUUGCUUCUUCGCCAGCGCGAUCUCGCGUCUCACCAUUUUUCACGGGUGUUCUGUCCAUGAAGUCUGGGAACUUGACGCCCACCGAGCCAAAACUAGACUCGAGUCCCCGGUCACACCGUGGUUCUAAAGGUUUGGUUGCGUCACCAGCUACGCCUGGUGCAGAAGCUCGAAUGCCACCUACUGAGAACUUGACCGACGCAGAUGCAAAGGCACACAGCACUGGACUUUCAUCAGACAGGUUGCUCAAGGCAAGCAAGACCAAGAAGCUUUUGGAGCCUGGUGAUGGGAUGCAUGCGGCCAGCCCUCGUGAAGGUCCUCCCAGUGGCUCCAGCCUGCUUCGACCCAGCUUGGACGAACAGCAGUGGCGGCUACCCAAGGUGCCGCUAGAGCCGAUUUACUCUGGCUCCACCUCAUCCUUGGUGCUUGAAGCAGCAGCUGCGCAAGAAGGGAGCCCCAAGCAGCAGCCAUUCGUGCUCGCACCAACACCAGCGCAGCUGGGACGUGCGCCGGGUCAGCUGCACCAGCGCAAGAACAGUGGCGCUGCAUCAUCCUCUCAGUCGUCCUCACCGUCCGAGCCACCACCCUGCCUUACAGAUCUCAGUGACAACGCUAGUCAGCCGCAACCGCGCACCCCUCAGCCACCGCACCCACCGAUGGUGAGCACCGUGGCUGAAGAGGGCAGUGUCGUCAACAGGGAAGAAAGUGCUGCGCCCAGGGAAGACAGUGCCACAGCAGUGAAGGACAGUCAGUCGGAGCAGCCACAGCAACAGCCUGCAAAGGAACCUCUGCUACCACCACCUGUGGCCAGUCCAGCUCCACCUUCCAAGGAGACCAAGAAGUCUGUGCUCAAACGAACCGUCAACGAUGGAAUGGACAAGGUGCUGGAAGAGGUGAACUUCAAGGCCCAAUUUGCGAAGCUUCCCGAGUACAAGCCAGAGGAGUCACCCUCGGGAGCAGCGUCUCUGCCUUCAUCACCAUUUGUGCAGACCUACAGGAAGCGGCCAAAACCUUCUGAUGUGGCCGAAGACUGUGGUGAUCCAAAUGCAUCCAAGUGCACCAGCGGGUCAUCCCCAGUGAGCACACCUCGCACACCUCAAACGGCCGGCCCAAAGCUGGAAGGCACUAAGUUCUUUGGACCCAGCUUCAACCUCGAUGCUCUGGCUGACACUCGGAAUGAUGCAUCGGAUGGUGAUGUAGGCUCUCCACGAACACCCAAGACGCCAGCAGAAGGCGAGAAGAGCCAUUCUUCAUUGCGGCGUACACUGGAGCAACGGCGCCAGCUCGUCAUGCAACUUUUCACUGAGGAAGGCUGGUUCCCUUCAGCACAAGCUACGGCUGCCUUUCAGCAGCGGUAUCGGGACGUGUUCAGCAACAAAAACACACUUCAGCUCAAGAUACGCGAGGUGCGUCAGAAGCUGAUGGCUCAAAACAACCAGGCCAACAUUGCCACCACACCGAGUGCUCACGACACCACCACCACCACCACCACCACUGCUGAGACACCUCCGGCCAAGUCGGAACCACCAAAAGCCCCAGAACCCCAGACACCACGGACGGGGACGUGAAGGACACACACAAAAGGAAAGCUGUUGGGCAAUGGUGUGGGGCUAGAGAUGUUGUCAGGCAAGCUGCGCAUUAUUUCCGCUACUUUGGGGCUCAAUUUUAUUUUCUGUUUUUAUUGCCCAAGCAGCAUGCGCUCUGUGAAACAGAAGCAGCUGUGGGUCAUGUGCUGGUGAAGCAAGGUUUUUAUUUUUGCUGGUUUUUAAGAGUUCCAAGAAGCGUUGCCUCUGCGAGGGAGUUGUGUGAACAGUCCCAGCGCCACUUUUAUAUUUGUGUCUGAUUUUUGAAGGCGUGUUUCGCAUCCUGCUGUCAGAUGCGCAGUGAAGUAGUAGCUAGAUCGUCGUGCACUUCGUGCAGGUCAUCAGUGCAGUCUGUGUUGUGGAAGGAGCUUGCAGACUUGUGAUGUCGAGGCUUUCUGCUUGUGGACAUUGCUGACAAACAGCAUACACGAAAUCAUCGCAGCGUAUUGACCUUCCAUGGAUGCUUGUUUUGACACUUGUCUUGCGUUCGGCUGCACACAUAGAGUUGUGUUGCACCUGUGAUGUGUACAACACUGCGUUCUUCGAUGGUUUUCGAGGUCUGUGUCACACUAAAGGAUCUGAAUGGCCCCGUUGCAUGGUUUAGGUCUCCAUUGUUGAAAACAUAGGCAGGUAGAACUGCACUGUGUCCGUGUAAUAUGCGCGCAUGGUGUCUUUCUUUGCUUUGUGUUUCUCCAUUUGCUUUAUUUCAUCACAGCGUUAUUGGUGUUGUUGAUGGAAACAAUUGGUUUGCCUUGUUGACUUGCACCAUGUGUUGUUGCUAGUAUUUGGACAAAGCAGGGCAGUACUGUUUCAUGCUAUUGAACAGAACUUUUAAGCAGCGCUUCUUCUUUUUAGCAGAUGAACCAGGCAAUUUAAAGCCACUGUUUGUAAAUGAUGUGCCCAAAGCUGCAGUGAAGUAUGCAUCAUAGGGCAGUUUUUGCGCCUACUGUACAUAUGUGGACUAGAUAUAGAUUUCUUUAUUUGUUGAUUUGAACUGGAAGUGUGAAAAGAAAUAUAAAUUUGCAGUCAGUCAGUCCAAUGAAGCUGCAUAGUACAUGGGGUUUCUUGCUUUCAAAGAGCAAAGGAUACAGUACACCAUAGUGCAAACCAAUAAAAGGGCAUUUAAAUGCACCUUUUUACGUAGUGAGCCCACUAGCCGAAUUAUACAAUUAAUUGCAUGCCAAUGUAACACGCUGUGGAAUUGAGGAUAUGCAGCUCUCGCUAGAUUAACAAGUGAGUAAAGUUUGCCCCGUGUCAGAAAUGCGAGUCUGUGUCAUUUGCAGGUCAUGUCUCUUGAACAGAGGCAUAUACGGGGGAACAGGAAGGGGCCCAUGGGAUAGUCCCAGUGAACCUCCCCAUCGUGCACGAGUGAAUCAACUGCACGACCCUUUCCAAGAGCACCCGCUCCUCUUGGCCACGUGUAUCCUCACUGUCAGGAACACUAGCGCCCUCUCUCUUCCUGUGGUGAAACUACACUGAAUUCGGCUUGGCCCGUGUCUCGUGGGGAUACAGCCAUCCCCUCGAGCGUAAGCUUGCAUUUGUAAGCUUCAUAAAGAUGAUGGUUAAUAGCAUUUGGUGCAAGCAGGAAGCACCAUUGGCAUAAGCAAGAUACAGUACUGCCUUGCCAAAAUUGGCCCUUCCCGAAGAGCUGAACUUGCAUCCAAAUUGUUGUAGGCUGUGUGUUUGGCCAUGUGUGCUUCAAGAAGGUUUGUAGAAAAUUGGCUCGGUUAUGCUUCUCUAGAUAGAAGUUUAUAUUUUAGUAAAAGCAGAACAGUUGCUGCUUGAAGAGCCACCUUAGAGUGAGUGUGGCAUGUUAUGGGAAGUACAUUGUGUUCACAUUAUUUGACGCUAUGUUUUCAGUGUUCAGAAUUUCGAGCCUUGUAUAAAAGCUGCCUUUUGUGAGGAUUUGUUGUGAAACCGAGAUGUCCCUGUGUAAUGGUUUGUGUCCCCACCCCCCUUUACCCUCUCCUGUAUUGAUGGACAAUAUGUGGAGCUGUCAGUGUACGUUCGUGUGCCUUCUCAUAAGGACAUCCAUGUGGGAAGUCCAGUUGUUGGACGACGAUGCAUGAAUGUAGCACAUAUUUGUUGUGUUCACUACAUAACUGCACAUGCAUGUUUUGUUUCCAUGUACUGUAUUCCCAUUGCUUGUUUUUAUCAUUUUGUUAUACUUUUGUGCAUAGCACCAUCAUUUUGUUUUACGUAUGAAAUAUGUACUUCAUAACUCCUGUUGCAGGUGUAUUGUGUAUUGUUCCUGCCUUCUUUUUCUAGCUCCAUUUUACCCGCUAUCUCGCGCGUUUUCCUCUGUUACUGCGCUUCUUUCCAUUGCUUUACAUCAUUGUUUACUCUCUAACCUGUCCCAGAUUCUUGCUCAAAGCAGACACAUUACAACCCAUAUUUUUCUUUUUUUUUUUACUCUUUGCUCAGUAGUUUGAACUGUCACCGAGUACUGGCUUUAGGACAGCAAAGACAGUAACAGUAAUGUUCUUUUAAUUUCAAAUAAUUUAUCCCAGUGCUUUGGCCAUGUUGGAAUGUUCUUCUGGUGAAGAGUUGGCACCCAUAGGCACCAUGUAUUUUUUUCAGCCCCUUAUUUCUAGAAGUUAUUCUGUGCCAAUUCCAAACAAUAACCCUGGUGACUUGUAAAAAAGGCCCCUAGCACGGGUGUUUUAUGAUGCUGAGCAAACUUGAACUCUUAGACUUUUAACUCAUGGAAAACACCACAAAUUGCCACAAUAGCAGCAAUUAAGAAAAUGUAAUAGGGUUAAUUUCCUUCCAAUUUUAUUGUGCAGCUGACAAAGGCAUGGGAAGAAAAGAAGGAAGAAUAAGUGAAAGUUUACUCUUAAAAGUAGCCCCCUCUCCUGGUGGAAUAAGAUGCCAAUUUUUUAGUCCCUCUUGACAGGUUCUUUGCUGAAAUAUUAAGUCUAUAUUGACAAUGAAGUAAGAGCCUGUGUUUAUGUGGCGGGCAAGUAGUAUGUUAGCAAUGAACUGCACUCGUGCAUACCAUGAGCAUAUAUACAGGGUACUUGAUAAAUGCAGCCAGUGCUACUGCCAUAGGAGCUUUGUGAGCGUAAGGCCUGUGCACAAGGGCGUUUAAAUAAAUAUGCAUGGUGUGCGGCAUGAUGUCAAAUGUCAAUAACUGGAAUCUGCAGCUGCAUGAUAACUGAAGCUUGUAAUUUGCAGUGCAUGACUAAUGCAUUGAAAUUUUGCUUAAAGCAUCUCUGAAAUAGAUUUUUUUUUUCUUAAUAUAAGUCGUUCAGCUACGAAUAUAGUAAAUCGUUGUGACUAUAACUUAAACGAAGUGUUUGUACUAAGAGAGCUGUGGGCUAUUAAACAUUACUCAAGCUGUGCUUUUUCUCCUCGACUUCUUCACCGAGUGGUUGGAGCUAAGCUAUGCUUUUUGCAGUCCCCCACCUGAGCACCGUUAAUCAUGGAGGCCACACUCCGUGUUUUUUCUGGUUGAUCUCUGUGCCACUAGGUGCUGCCACAUAUCUGACCGCCCACAUUUUCUUUUGCCCACGGGCUAAGGUUCUCUUGCCAUACUAAGGCGAAGAAGCCACUCAAAUCGUUCACAUGAGCGACUUCGCAAAAUAGUGUCACUUCUUAAAAUGGGUGACUAAUAACAUGGCACAGCGGCGCACUGCUGUCUGUAGUGAUGCACGUCUUUAAAACCUUAUAAUAAAUAACGUACUUUAUGCAGAGCAGUUCCGCUGGUCUGUCAAUUACCUAAAAGACAUCAUUACUGGUUCAAUAGGUUUGUAAAAUAUUGUCAAAACUGUUUCAUGUCCCCUUUAACUAAAAAACGAAAACUCCACUUGUCACUUAAUUUUUAUAAGGAUUAUAAAAGUUUAAGCUAAAAACAGAUUGCUGUAGUUAGUACAAAUGAAUUCAGGUUAAGCCAAAGCAACACAUACCAUAGGAGACUAAGCAUUCAAAUUGCACUUUGUUGCAAGGUCUGAUGAUUGCAGUCUAUUUAGAUAGUAAAUAAACUGUUUGCUAGCAAAAGCUUGACAAGUCAGUAGUCAUAGGCUGGUCAAGCUGUGAGACAUUUUUUUUCCACCCAAUCUGGCAGGCACAGCAAGGUCAGUUAAAAUGUAUUUCACUUGGUUUAGUUUUGUUUAGUCCAAGACUUUCAUGGGGUGGGGGGAAUUGAAAGUGAGGCUUUAAGCAUUGCACUUCCACCUCUGCACUGCUAAUCAUCAGUCUCAGUCAUUAGUGAAAUUGAAAAGUAGAUACAUUCUGAGCUUAUUCUGACAUUGCUCAUGUGUUACCCACCCUGAAACACCUUGGAAGGUGUGCUGGGAUGUCUUUGGUUAAUGACAUGUAGCUCAAUUCCCGUUUCGGAGGUUCCCAAAAAAAAGCUUCCCUAUGGAAUAAACAAAAUAAAGAUGUUCAGAUGUAACAGCUAUGUGGUUAUGGUCAGAAGUAUACUUAAACUUUUUCGCAAAACUCCUCUUAAAUGAAUGCAUGCUUUUUUAACGCUUUAAUUCAUCAGCGUCUACAGGAGCAGCGAGACCAAAUAGCUGAAUUCAUUGGUCUAAAGGCACAGUAGCGAUUGGCCUUAGUUCAGAAUUGCAGCGAACAGGUGAAGCAGAGAAUGCUUUGGUUUCCUUUUGUUUAAAUUUUAAAGUUGGGUGGUUUUAUUUGAACGCUGCUGUUUUUGCACUAGCUUGUUUUGGUACACUUUUGACCCAACUUGGCUCGAUUUUGCAGUGUUUGGCUCCUCCAGAGUAAUGGACCAUGCAGCAUGCUACCGCAGAAAACCAGCAAAUGCUUCCGGUUUUUUGUUUUAAUGGGCCUUUGAAACACUUUAUGCUGUUCUAAAGCAGCUAAUGUAAUAAUGGUUUAACGAGCUAAUAAUUUAUCACGAAGUGCAAUGUACUGCACCCACGCGUGUGAUUGCUCUCGCAGUGUUGCUUGCAGCAGUGAUUCAUUAGUAGCUCUGGCAUCCUGGUACCCAGCUUAACGUUGUAGGUUUCAUUCCCAGCCUUGCAAGCAUGUUCUGGGAGAGACCGAUGUACUUGGAAUAUUAUGAGGAAUAGUUUAUCGGGUGGUACUGCGGUGUCCACUGUGGCAUUCCUCGUAGCCCAGUUUUAGGUUCCUGCAGCGUUCAGAAAGCCGACUUUUGGCAUGUACACCACACUGGAGUUAGGUGGAGUGGGGAAUACCUUUAUUUGUUGAAUGCUAUGGCAUUAAAAUUUGUAGUGCUUCAAAAAAAAGCAGGUCAUUUAAUGUUUACAUUGAAAGCCCUUGAAAAUGUUGUUGCUUUUUUUUGUUGUUGUUCAUCGUUUAUUGUCUUAUUUGAGUAGAGGUGCAUGAAUUAAUGUUCCCACCGGGCUAUGUUGGUGCAGGCUGCUUCUUUAGUGCUGGAACCUUUAAGUAAUAUUUCUUGGCACUUUGUGGGAGCCAGCAAGCUUUAUCCGGAUAUGGCAACAUUGUUUCAGAGUGAUGAUUUUAAACUUAACGGCUUUGAAAAGCUGCAGAUUGCACUGUGGAGCCUGCCAAGUUUAUGUACUAACUCACCCAGUACACGACGUGGCUUUUACUGUAAAAGUACUUUUUAGAGCAAAUGGGACAAUCAAUAUUUGUUUUUUUUUUAACAAAAUGAUACAUUGCUUAUCGAAACAGAGGAUGGUGUUGCCCUGCAGCAUGGCUUCUGUUGUUCUUGCAUGGCUUGAAAGCCUUCAAAAGCUUGAGAAUGCAUUGCGUGGACAGUCUACAGGCAUGGUUUUUGUUAACAAGACUUGCUAUGCUUAGCCUCGAGGUAGCGGUAAGAUGACAUGUGACUGGUUUAAAAAGUAGCGUGCAAUACCUGUAUUAUCUUGCUCGUUACUGAACCCAAAAUUCUUGCUUGCACGGGAAAAUCGAAAUUGCAACAGCCUUGUACCUCAGCUAUUCGGAAAGCAUUUGCGUUUAUUCCUUUCAGCAAAGCAGUUCCUCUUGUUCUUAUUUGCCGUCUCGCUGUGGGAACCAGUACUGCGUGACAUCUGCACUGUUACGGAUUGUCAGCACAAGAACUUAUCGAAGAAUGGGGUGGGCGUGUUAUUGUAUUGCUGGCUUGUGCGGUGUACGUUAGUCAAGGAACUGGAAAAAUUUUCACUUGUCACAUUGAUGAGAAGGAUUCUUCCACACACACAUAUAGAUACAUGUGUCCGACCAUGCUGACCACAAAAGCUGAGCACACUAAGCCUGCUCAUAUUGUUGCACAUAAUUUCUAUUGUUUGCCAACAUCAUGUUGUUAAUAUGAAUGCCUGUCGCUUAGGAAUUAGCAAACUGUUGAUAAGAGAAAUGAGGCUACACCCUGUUUUAUACCAUUCCCCUUGCAUUUUCUCCAGCAUUUGCUAUUGUGUGUGCAUCAGCCCUGUGUAAUCGUACUGUCCUCGUAGCACAAAAAGCUGCAUCCAGAUUAACAAAGCACUUUGCUGUAAGGACUCUAUUGCGGGCCAGUCCAUUUGCCGUUCUCGUAUCUCGGUCGUAAUUGGUUGGAGCUCUGUCAUAAACUGUUUUUCCUCCUUGCAUGAAUGCAGGCCCUGGUAAUUUUUACUGUGUGCUGCCUUGAGUGCAGCCGCGAAAAAAUGUUCGUUCUUGUGCCAUACAUAGACAGGUGUCACUGCUGACUGCAGCAAUGAUUCAGAUUUUUUUUUUUUUCACUGCACCUUUCAGGCACACAGAUGCUGCUAUGGUUGUAAAGUGUAGUUCAAGCUUUUUAGCAGUGCACUAGUGAGACAAAUUUUAUAUUGAAAGAAAAAAAUAAGUGUGGGCAGCUAGAGAGAAAAUUUUGAAAUGUUGUUUAUGGGAAGGAUGCUGGUAGGACAUGUCGGUUGCUAGGUUAGUUGAUUCAUACUCGGAGUAUAGAAGCACACAACUUAAGAAAGUUCAAGAACGGUGGAGCGCUUGUUUCGCAUAUCCUUCGCUGUCUUGUCCUUAGCUGUAUGCUUUUCUACUCUGCAGAGAUAAGAAGCUGAAUACUUAACGAAAAAAAAAAUAUAUUUCUCAUAAUUUGCCUGGCCUGACAAUAUCAGGUAUAGUACAUGUCACAGUUAAAGAGAACAGUCAGUAGUCAUUCCGGUGGUUGUCACAUUUCCGAUAAGAAAGACUACCAUAAAAAUAUUUGCCUGACUGAUAUGUUGGAUCACUCUACCAAAAUGCUUCUGCAUACAACCCAGUGAAUCCCAUAGAUAUCCAUCUUAAACAAAUGAGGAGAAUUGUGUAGGAACGAACUAGUGGACUGGGUGCAAAACGUUUCUGUAGAGAAGCGAGUUAUUUGCAGGAAAACCUGGUGUGUAGAAUGUCAUUGGCACUCUGUUAAAUGUGACUUGCAAUGCACCGCUCAGCUUUCAAUGAUGUAGUCAUGUAGGACUGUUGUGUAAGGCCUAAAUUCCAGGGUUAUAAAUUCUUUAAUCUUAUUGCACAUACAGUUGUGACAUUUGCAAUAUCUUUAAUAUGCAGAGGCCUUUAUUUCUCCUAGCUUUUCUAUUACUGUUGCCACUAUCUUUACGUCUGGUGUCAUCCACAGUGUUCUGCUACAUGUCCCAGAAUGCAGUCUGAGCUUGAAAGCCGGGAGUUAUGCGUGUGUUUGUGUGUAUCAUGCUGUUGUACCUAGCACCGAGACACUUGUGCACACUAUUACACAUUUACCUGUAGCUACCUACCGUGGAGAGAUGCACCAACUCAUAUUUUUCAGACAAGGUGGUGUUUUUAAGACAUUUUAAACAUUUUGCCGUGUACAUAUUGACAAUGCAUAAUUUUUUUUUCUUGUGGUUGUUGCUAGGGGCUGCUAGGAUUCCUUGUAGGGAGCGGUCGAUGGCAAGAAGGAAAUAAAAGAAGUCUUUCUUUUUUUUUUUUUUCUAAAUCAUGGCUGUUUGCAUUGUGGAAGUUGGAUUCAGGAGUUGCAUUAAGGUGAAGUUUCAUAGCAUGAGGCCAGCAUAGACAUACCGUGGGGUUGCUGUGGCCUGCUGUGUAUGCGGUCAUGUUGUCAGUUGUGCAGUGCUUGCAAGUGUUCUCAUGUUUCUUUUGCUUUCAUAACGAAGCCAGGCUGUUUGUGGAAGCUUGAGCCUGCUUGCAAGAGGAAUUAUCCAUUAAUGCUCAUUAACUUAUACUAAGCUUCUUUCACUAAAACAUCUGGCAACUGUUUUGUAAGUCAGCAUAAAGUGGCCAGAACUGCUAUCUGUGAAAUUUCCUAAUUCAUCACUCCAACACUAGGUGUGGACAUCUGUCACACUUGAAAAUUGGUAGUGGAUGAAGUAAAAGCUAACCUAUAAAAGGCAAGUUGGCUGUGUAACAAGUCAACUCGUGGCAUCUCGGUGGUUGUGGCAUUCUGCCGUGCACGAGGUCGUGGGUUUGAUUCCCAUGUGCAUUUCAGCAAGGGCCGAAUGUGAAAACACAUUCACUGAGCUGUUGGAGAUCAUUAGAGAAACCCACAUAUUCAAAAUUAACCUGAAGCCGUCCACUGAGGUGUUUGAGCAUUUUUGCUGCAACCCAGAUCAGUCGAUAACAAGUCAGACUCAUUAUCAUUUGUAUUGUAAUGGCCCUCAGGUGCAAGUCAAACUUGACACAUGCAUACUCUGGCAUUAGCUUCUACCUGGACAACAGUGUAGUUUUACAUUUACAGAAUUUUAGCCAAGUGGGGGUUAGAUUAAAAUUUUAUCUAGAAUAUUGCACGUCGUGCAUCUAAGGAGGAGUCCUGUGGCGAAAAUUCUUGUUACUUUCUGUCGCACGAAACUUUGGAGUUGAUCAUAGGAAUGAAAUCUUCUUGCAAGCAGGCUUUGGUAUUUCUGGUAAAGUGAAAAAAUUGAUUGGUAGGUUUGGGUGUGCACAAUAGAAAUCGGCAAUUUAAAAAAAGACAAAGCAGAGGUCACGUCUUGCAAGUGCCAAUUCUGUUUAAUACUUGUUCUGUUUUCCCAUGGCAUCAAACUUGAAGUAACAAUCAAGUCGGGAGAUGUAAAUAGAUAUGAUAUAUGAUAAUGGUUAAAUGUAUGUUAAAAGCACCUCUCCAUCUGAAGGGGCCAAUAAGAAAAUUGUUUUACCGUCUCAUACAAAGAGUCUUUUUUGGCAUUGAUAUUGUUUGUGCGCUUUUUUGACUUGUCAUAUUUUCUUCUUGUUGCUUUAUGUUGUUCAUGUUGUGUAUGGUACAGUUAUGUUUAGUGGUGAAAAAAAAUGUGUUGAUAUGGCAGAUCUGUUUUAUUCAUCUUUUCUGUUCAAGCUCUCACAAAAUCAGCAUUUUGGAACUCUUUACUGCUCUCUUUUUUUUUUCUGUGAUACUUUUUUUCAAUACAGAUCUUAAGUGUAAAGAAGGGGUACUGCAUGUGUGAGUCAUGUUGCCUUUCCAUUUAUUUUGCUACUUGUGUUAUCAUGUUUUAAUGCUUAAUUCAUUCAGCUUAAGAAAAAAAAACACUCAUGACAAUUGAUAUGUACAGUGCAUGUAAGUAUGAAUAAAUUACCCUUCAGUGCAUUGUUAA